ACCAUGGCGGAAUUAGCCAGACAGUUUCACUUUGCGCGAGAGCACCCUCAUAUGUUACAAUCGUCGUUGUUGAGGAGCUUUCGUCUAUCCUCCCUGAGAAACUCUUAAGACGAGUCUUCUCAGGCACCAAGCAAGGUCAUCAUAUCAAUGCAUCUCAUACAGUGUGUGACCGGGUGUGAGACAUCGUUCCAUUGCCCAGUUUGAUUCAUUCAUCAUGAGCAAAGUUCCGAUUUUAAUGAAAGGAACCGAGAGAAUGAAUGCGACCAGUUGUCAAGAGCUAAUGAAAAGUUACCGAUGCUCUUUUAAUUCUGCACUUUCGAGAAUAGUUAUUCAUAAUUUAGUUCCCAGAACCGUUUGGAUAUUUUGGCAGGAUUUGAAGGGAAACGACGGACAUUUAACCGGCAAGUGCACUCAAACGUGUGCAUGUUUGUGUGUCCAGGGUUGUUUGUACUCGCAGGAGUGAGGUCGCUGAUUGGAGAGCGAGUGAGACAAAGAGAUUUAUGGGAGAAUAAUAGGGGGACAUGGAGGAAUGCAGGACUGGGACCUGCAGCCAUUGUGUCCUAAUACAAUAUCUGACUUCCCCUUUAGAUGCCAGACACCACAAACACAUACAUGCACACAUACGUAGGAGUCGAACAGGCGGGCAGCGAGGCACCAGGCCCAUUUCCUCUGGAGAUGCAGACGAUGGGGAGAGAGAGAGGGAGGGAGGACGAGCGAGAAGGAGGCUGGUACAAACUGCAGUCGCAGACGUUUCAGUUCAGACAUUACUCCAGACACAAACUGUGCUCUCGUGUGUCUGUGCCCACUGUCUCGCCGUCAGUUCAUCUGGACGAACUUUGUUCCUCUCUGGUCUUCGGACUCUCUCUCUCUCUCUCUUUGUCUCUCUGUCUCUCUGCCGAGACCCUGAAGCUCUCUCAAGCUCAUUUGGGAAUUCCACAAUUUAAGUGGUAAAAAGUAGCGUUUAAAAAAACUCGCGACUGGAGGAAGAAAGUGAUACAAACUGAACAACCUGGACGGCAGUCUGAACCCUAACAACCACCCCGCAGAGGAACCUCUGCUGGCCGCUGGCCGCUGAGGUAUAGGUGGAAGGGGGAAGAAGUGCCUUGCUCAACGGGACUUCAACAGUAGCUGCGGAGGAAGACGAUAACACCCACUCCAUCAACUUUGUGGAGACUUCAGUCAGGCCCUAAUCCAAGACCUGCAGUUCCCUGCUUCUGUAUCCUAAGAAAAAAAAAGGUGAAUCAGGUGUCUGCAGAGCGACUGCUGAGCGGGGUCGAAGGAUCUGUGCUGCUGAUCCGUAAUCGGUCAUGGCCGACUGGAGCCUACUGGGAAACUUCCUGGAGGAAGUACAGGAGCAUUCUACCUCUGUUGGCAAGGUGUGGCUGACCAUCCUGUUCAUCUUCCGCAUCCUGGUCCUCGGCACGGCCGCCGAGUCGUCGUGGGGAGACGAGCAGGAAGAUUUCAACUGCGACACGGAACAGCCAGGCUGCGAGAACGUCUGCUACGACCGCGCGUUCCCCAUCGCACACAUACGAUACUGGGUGCUGCAGAUCGUGUUCGUGUCGACGCCGAGCCUGAUCUACAUGGGCCACGCCAUGCACACGGUGCGCAGAGAGGAGAAGAGGCGCAGCAGGGAGGAGGAGGACGGAGAGGGAGACGAGGACGACCCCGGAGGGGGUGAAGGAGGAGGGGGAGGGCGCGCGGAGAAGGAGGAAGAGAAGGACAAGGGCGACGGCCCGGCGGCGGGCCGAGUGCGUCUGAGAGGAGCGCUGCUGCAGACCUACAUACUGAGUAUAUUGUUACGAAGCAUCAUGGAGGUGGUGUUCCUGUGUCUCCAGUACUUCUUGUACGGAAUCUUCCUCCAUCCUCUAUAUGUCUGCAGGGCCUGGCCGUGUCCUCACCCGGUGAACUGCUACGUCUCCCGACCGACGGAGAAGAACGUCUUCAUAGUCUUCAUGCUGGCCGUGUCGGCCGUCUCGCUGGCCCUCAGUGUGCUGGAACUGCAUCACCUGGCAUGGAGACACUGCUGCAGACGGUACUUCUACAACGGGAAGGCCGCCCCCCCGGCCAACGCCUGUCUGGCCCGACAGCUCUCGCUGUCGCCGCCGCCGCCGCCAUCGCCGCCGCUCCCCGACUUCGGCCAGUGUAUGAUUGGCUCGUCGCACUUCCUGCCGCUGACUUUCCCGACCCACCGCCUGGCCAACCAGCAGAACUCGGAGAACAUGGCCACCGAGAAGAACAAGAGAGCCGCGGCGGUGGAGGAGGUGAACCUGCUCCAGAUGGGCUGCUACUCGCACGGCUGGCAGAAGGCGAACACCAAUCAGAACCAAGACGGGGGAUACCUGAGGGCGGACACUGACUGCUACGGCCCCGGGAGCAGGGAGGUCAGCUGCCCUCCGGCGCAGAACAACGGGCCGGACGGGCUGCUUUGUCCGAACGGAGGGCUCUGUCAGAAGGACAAACGAAGAUUCAGCAGGACCAGCGCAGCGAGCAGCCGGACGAGAGCAGACGACCUCUCCGUGUAGAUGGAAAAGUGAAACCGGACAACUUCCGACCGCUCACACAGCUGCUCAGCAAACCAACAGAUAUACUAGAUCAUUCAACGCCCGUUAUCAUGCACAUAAUACACAAUAUAACUUCUCAGCAAAGACGGCCGGAGGGAUCAGAGCGUACCAAUUUACGAUGAACAAUAAUUCUCCUGUUUGCCUUUGUUUUUCUGAAACUCCACUCCGAUACUUCCCGGAGAGAACUUGUACCUCUGACUUUGUGCUGCGCGUCGAGUUCCAGACAAACCUGAACCUACAAAUGUCGGACAAACCCCACGUGAAGUUGUCGUUUCCACUAACUUGCACAGUCUGGGACGGCCCUGCCCAAUCCGGCGGGGGGAACGCCAACCGUCGCACCAACGCACACGUGGGCGCCAACCAGCCGCGUGCUCGGCUCAUGUGCAAUGACAUUUGCACCGAAGAGACAAAACCCCCCCCCACACAUAAAUAGGAAAAAAAAGGCCCAGAGUCUGGAGGAGAUCCUGGAAGAACUGGUGUGAGCAACACAGACUGUGUUGGGGGAUUUGGAAGACUCACUCCUAGGCCAACAUCAGGCAACGCACGAGUGACGUCUUCGGUCGACCGGGAACAGCUGGCAGCGACUUGAGAUCAGAAUAUUCACAUAUCGCACACUAUGUCACACUUAAUCGGCCCGUUGUCGACACCAGACUGGGACAGAGCUGGGUCCGACUCGGUCCGAUCAGUCGUCACGUCCCAAUCACGUAACCACAAUCGGCCCAACGGCGCGGUGAUUGGACUAUGAACUCCGCGCUGACAACAAACAGACGUGCUCAGAUUGCAGUACGAGUGAGUACGCGCACGUUCAGGGUCAGAAUUCCGAGCAGGACGUGUCGCGUCGAUGCACAUUCAUCUGGAAAAUCGUGUUGAACGUCGUUUAGUCCGGUUAGUCUGCAGCAUUUUGAGAAAAAUGCACAGAUUCUAAUCGACGGACAGGUUUUACAUCGGAGACGUCUCCAAUUAGAUUUUGAGCGGUAAAAAUUAAAACUGUAAUUUGUCAUAAUUUCAAUGAAAGAUGUCUUUAAUUUGGCACAUUCAUAGAAAUCUUGAUUUCACUGGUCAAAACUCAACUGGAGGCAUGUGAAACAAGUCCAAACUGUAAUAGAGAUGUUGUGAAUUAGAGGUAUAACUUACGUGAAACUUAUGAAAUAUUAAAAGCAUUUUCCGGAGUCACUGCUGCUGUCGUUAAGCAACCUAUUAGUUAUUGGCUGUUCUGUUGGAUCUGACUGGGUUCUGAGCCUUAAAUCUGUGGACGACCUGUGGACCGAGAUUGGACCCGAUCGUCGGACAGCGCUGACUUCUUUAACGUUUUACCGCAAAGUAUAGCCGGAACCUACUUGAUGUAAUUUUGUCAAACUGUGAUUGUUAUUAUUGUGUUAUCAAAGAAUGUAGCCUGUUUUUUGGGCUUGUUUGAGUUCUUACUACAGUAGUGCCCUUUGUUUUAGCCCCAUUCAGUGGAUAUGAAUAUGAAGCAAAUCCCAAUUGCAUAUAUACACCAACAUUUUCUUCUUCUAUUUUUUAAAAUCUAUAUUUCUUCAGUUUCACUACAAUCUCUACAAGUCUGACAUGUGCACGUGUAACUGUUACUAGACAACAGCACAACAAAUUACAUUUUUACAAAUAUAUAUACAUACACAGUGAUUUCUAUCUUAGGAGAAUUUUAAAAAUUGUUGUGAAUUUCUUAUAAAUUGUUGGUUUUAUAUUUAUUAUUUCACUUGCAUGAUGAGAAUUUGUGUAUGUAUAAACAAACGCUUUGCAGAUAAAACAAUGCAAAACCUGUU